AUGGAAGAGGCGGAGCAUGCUUUGCGAGAGAUGCAUCAGGGGUGUUGCGGCAGUCAUGCGGGAGGUCGGACAUUAGCUCACAAGGGACUGAAGGUUAAGUUAGACCAUGUUGAAGGAGAUUGGGUGGAAGAAUUGCAAAGCAUUCUCUGGACCUACCGUACAACACCUCAGGAGAGCACAGGCCUCACUCUUUUUCAUCUAGUCUACGACAAUGAAGCGGUGGUACCUAUAGAAGUCGAGGUGCCUUCCAUUAGGAGGAUACUAUACGACGAGGAGAAUGCUGAGCGGCGACUCCCAGAGUUGGACCUCAUCAGUGAAACUCGUGAGCGAACGGUAGCCAGGCUAGCGGCCUAUCGACAAAGGAUGAGGUAA